CGGAAUGCAGUGCAUCACAACAGCUCACCUGAUCAUCAUCAUACGAUGGCGAAGCUCCUGAUCUUGAUCGUGAUAGCCUGCACAUCAGGUGUCAUAGCGAAGCCUCCGCAGGCGAUAAAGGGUGGCAAUUUGGCGGCAGAGGGUGAAUUCCCCUGGCAAGCUUCUCUCCAAAAAUUUGGCAGCCACUUGUGCGGAGGAAGCAUCAUUGACAGCACCCACGUUCUCACAGCAGCCCAUUGUGUCCUCACCAGCGGUUUGCGCCCCGAGAGUGGUCUAACGAUCCUCGUGGGCACCAAUAACAAGGAUCAACGAUCAGCAACUAUCUCCAGGGUUAAACGAGUUCAAGCGCAUGAGAGUUACACAGGAAGGUCACCUUAUCGACACGACAUAGCUGUCAUCACGUUGACAACGCCAAUUGCAUUCAAUAGACUUCAACGGUCAAUAGCAUUACCUGUGAGAGACGCGAAUGUUGGUGAGGAAGGUACCGUUAGCGGAUGGGGUGUCACUGAUUAUCCUUCACGGCGGUCUAGCAGUCGGCUGAUGAAAAUGACGAAGAAGGUGAUCAGCAACGAUAGCUGCAAUCGCCAACACGUGAGCAUGAUCCACCCUGAGCAUCUUUGUGCCUUUUCUAGACAUGGACAAGGUAUUUGCCACGGUGAUAGUGGCAGCGGUCUCGUUGUUAACGGUAGAAUCAUCGGCAUCGCUUCCUGGGUAAGACCUUGUGGUGUUGGGUAUCCAGACGUGUACACCAGGGUCUACUCUUACAGAACGUGGAUCGCACAGAAAAUCUCCACCAUCACAAGAACACCAGCAUCCAAAAGUUAUUUUCCAAGUACUCAUCCAUAUGUGACGCAAAUGUUCGUUAUCAUUUAUGCACCCAAAUGUGAUGCGAAAUUAUUGGAAUUGAUAAGCAAGCGAAGAGAAGGUCGGAUGAAUGAGAUAUUUUGCAAAUACAAAUGCAAAAGGUCACCCAACUUUAGCAAUUGCUCCGGUGUAACUCCAACUGCGCCAGAUGAUAUAAAAUUCAUCCUAGCGAAACCUCCUCAAGCUAUCAAAGGUGGUGAUGUAGCAGUCGAUGGUGAAUUCCCGUGGCAGGUUUCGAUUCGCCAGCAUCACGUUCAUAUUUGUGGUGGAAGCAUCAUCGAUGAUCGUCACAUUCUAACAGCAGCUCAUUGUGUUCAAAAUGAAGACGGAAGCUUAUUCCAAGGAUUGAGGGUUCUGAUAGGUACCAACGACGCCCAGCAAUGGUUCCCCAAGACCCACAAAGUCAAGAGCCUCCAUCCCCAUGAGAAAUAUAAACAGAUCUCACCUUAUCGCUACGACAUUGCAAUCAUCACGUUGGAAGAUCCAAUCGAGUUCAAUGACAGACAGAAACCCGUUGCAUUACCUGAAAAGGACAUAUCCGUUGAUGAUACAGCUACUGUCAGUGGCUGGGGACAUAUCGGCUGGCCUGCGAGCAUGGGAACUUAUCCAGACAGCUUGAUGAAGAUGGAGAAGAGGGUCAUCCCAAGCAGUCGUUGCAUGAGGGACCAUCGAACCGUGAUUUAUCUUGAUCAGCUGUGUGCUUAUGGUGGUUAUGGAAAGGGCGUCUGUCAUGGUGACAGCGGUAGUGGGCUGAUCUACAAUGAUCAAAUUGUUGGUAUCGCUUCCUGGGUGAUACCUUGUGCCGUUGGAUAUCCGGACGUUUAUACUAGAGUGUAUGCUUAUACAGAUUGGAUCGCUAGGAUAAUUGCUGACAACUGA